CUUCGUUGGAAACCUAGAUUGGCGUCUCCAUCACUCCAGUUUCCAGUCGGGGAGUCAGGCGGUAGGGUAGGCAUUCAAGGCGCAGAGGAUUAUUCUAUGGCGCACCAGUAGGAGCAUCUGAUCUGGGGCAUUGCGAUGGAGCAUCAUAAAUGUGGAGGAAUGAGCACAAUCUUGAGGGAUUCAUGACUUUGCGGCCCGGAUUUUGCUCGCAAUGGGCAGCUUGGGAGGCUAUGCCAAGGAUCCAGAGACUGGAAAGCUCGAGAAGGCGGACGAGCCGCCCAAGAGGAACGAUACUUCGUUGAUAAGCUUGAUUGCAGCUGUUUCCUAUGGAUUCGCGUCCUUGGCCAUGGUUUUCCUUAACAAAGCUGUGCUUAUGGAGUAUCCGUAUUCUAUGUCUCUUCUAACGCUCCAGCAAGUUGCGACUGUCUUGCUGUUGCAUCUAGGGGGCAGCUUUGGGAUUUCACAAACUCCACAGUUUUCUCUCAAAAUUGCGAGAAAACUUCUUCCGCUGUCCUUUUUCUACAAUGCGAACGUUGCUUUCGCUUUGGCGAGCCUUCAGGGAGUGAACAUUCCAAUGUAUAUCGCUCUUAAAAGACUGACACCACUGGCGGUUCUCGUGACCGACAUUUUUACUGGCAAGGGAAAACCGGCUACACAAGUUGCUUUGUCAGUCAUGACUACUGGUUUUGGAGUUCUUAUCGCGGCUCUAGGAGAUUUUUCAUUCGAUUUAGUAGGCUAUGCAUUGGCCUUGACAUCGGUUUCCUUCCAGACUGCAUAUUUGGUGCUCGUGGAAAGGUCUGGAGGGGAGGACGGCAUGUCCUCCACAGAGCUUAUGUAUUAUAAUGCUCUCCUCUCGCUUCCAUUUCUGGCAGUUUUGAUAAUCUUCACUGGAGAAGCUGGCACUGCUCCGAGGCUGCUUUUUUACAAGAUCCAAUCGAUUUACUUCUUUGUCAUCGUUGCUCUCUCGCUGAUUAUGGGAAUUGUCCUCAACUACACCAUGUUUCUUUGCACAAUCGUAAACUCUGCGUUGACAACCACGAUUGUGGGAGUGCUUAAAGGAGUCGGAUCCACGCUUCUUGGUUUCAUAGUCCUUGGUGGCGUAGAGGUUCACGCUCUAAAUGUCGCUGGCUUAGUCAUUAACACCGCGGGUGGAGUAUGGUACUCCGUUGCCAAACUCAAGCGAAGGAAAUCCAAAUCUUCCAAAUCUAUGCAGGAGAAACCAUUGAUACAAAUAGGAUCAACCAAGUAAACGAUUGAUCACAAAAGACGAUCGUUCUCUCAGAAAAAAUACAAAGAAUGGAAGUUCCUAGCGGUUUU